GAUCCAACGAGGCCCCGUGCGUAAUCACAUUUCCAAUCACAUGAUGUUGGCAGGAACAAACCGAACUGCCACGGGCAGCGAGGCUUAAGCCUGCAAAAUAACACGCCACGCCGCCGCCGCUCGCCGCCCACUUCUCUCCCACCUCCCCUCUUUGCUUCUCGCGUAGGGGUUGGGAUCCCAUGGCGCCGUCGUCCGAGAUCUGCUUCGGCCACCAGAUCCCCCUCUCCCGCUCCGACACCGACUACGAGGAGGAGGAGGAGGAAGAGUUCGAGGGGGAGGAGGAGGAAGGGAUGGAUGAGGGCGAGGUGACGGUGUCCUCGCCGCUGAUGCUGCCUGCGGCAGCGGCGAGGGGAGGGGUGUCUGUGGUGGAGAUGGUGGCGGGGGCGCUGCGGAGGUCGCUCAUGCUGUGCAGCAGCAGCUCGCGCGAGGCGGCGCCGGAGGAGGACGAGGCCGCUGCGACCGCCGCCGCGGGGAUGCAGAUAGGGCGGCCCACGGACGUGCGCCACGUAUCGCACGUCACCUUCGACCGCUUCGUCGGCUUCCUCGGCCUCCCCGCCGACCUCGAGCCCGACGUGCCCCACCCCGUGCCGAGCGCCAGUGUAAGCGUAUUUGGAGUUUCACCAACUUCCAUGCAGUGCUCGUAUGACAGAAGAGGAAACAGUGUGCCAACAAUAUUGUUGACCAUGCAAAGGAAGUUAUAUUACCUUGGUGGUCUUCAGGCUGAAGGAAUCUUCAGGAUAAAUGCAGACAAUAGCCAGGAACUGUAUGUGAGGGAUCAACUAAACAUGGGACUUGUUCCAGAUGGAGUUGACUUGCACUGCCUCGCAGGCCUAAUAAAGGCAUGGUUUCGGGAACUUCCAAGUGGAGUGUUGGACUCACUGACUCCAGAACAGGUGAUGCACUGCAACACUGAAGAAGAGUGUGGCGGCCUUGCAAGUAUGCUACCUCCUGUGGAAAAAGCAUUACUUGACUGGACCAUCAAUCUGAUGGCAGAUGUUGUGGAAAAUAAAAGCUACAACAAGAUGAAUGCUCGCAACAUCGCUAUGGUUUUCGCGCCAAACAUGACUAAGAUGGCCGAUCCCUUGACUGCUUUAAUACAUGCAGUUCAAGUUAUGAAUUUCCUCAAGACAUUGAUCUUGAAGACUGUAAAUGAAAGGGAGGAGGCAGCUACAGUAGUCAGGGCAUUCCCGUCCAACUCUGGUUCCCCAAGCGACAAAGAUGAACCUCAGACAUUAGAGCAUUUGGACAUGCCCUUCAUCUGUUCGAGUCAGCAGCGAAAUGUUGAUUCCCCUAUAAUUGACGGGGCUAAGCUUGACCAGUUCCUUUUUAGAGUGGAAGAAGUGAUUCAUCAUGAUGCACAAGGUAGCACAGGUGGACCCAAAAAUCAUGACACUAGUAGGGGCAACGAGAAAAGCAAUGGUGAAAUUUCUCCCUUGGACGCUAAUUUGAGUAGCCAAAUCAAUAGAUCAGCAAACGAGUUCAAUAACGACAAUGCAGAAGGUUUGUUUGACAAAUUUAAAUUAAGGAAAGGAGUAGGGAGGCUCUGCAGACACCCUGUAUUUCAGUUCAGUAGGUCCAUGAAGAAAUCAGAUGAAGCAGGGCAAGCUUGUGUAUGAUAUGAUAGGGUGUACCUUUGUAGUUGAUAGUUAUUUCUUCAGCUUGUUUAUUGAGGUCAUCAGCAAAUUCUCCUAGAUUGUGAGUAGAAGCUAUUAGCCCAUUUGUUAGUACUGAUGUGGAGCCCUUUGGGUGUAUACUUCAAUUGUUCAUUUCUGACCGUCCAAUUGUAAGAAGUCAUCUUCUCCUGUGGUUCCUGCUGAGUUAACAAAACUCCCUAAGAACUCAAAUGUAGUGAUUGUUGAUUUCUCAGAUACAAUAUUAUCACUUUCCUUUUGAGGGUGGCAUCACGAGAUACUGCUUAGUGAUACCCUUGGCAGGUUAAGUGUUAAAUACUCAUGAGGGAAUAUGCAAGUUUAAAUAUUUUUGGACCUUC